CAGCUAACGUUUGUGUUGUUGAAUCAAGAGAACUUGAACGCAAACACUUUAAAGGCGUCGACCUUUAAGAGGCGACAAACCGUUUGGUGAAGUUACUGCAGCCUAAAGGCUGAUACAAUAGAGGGCUUUGAUUCAUGUAGUUUGGAUAACCCAACUCUUAGCAGUUCCUAGCUGUCGAAGCCAUGGACGCCGAACUCAUGCAGCUGCGGUCAGCGCUAAAUGAUAAAGACAUGGAGCUCAUGGAGCUGAGGGAACAGCAUGUGCGGCUUUUGACGCACAGCCAGCAAGCUCGAAAUGAAUGGGAGAUGGCUUUGGCAUGUAAGGAGCGAGCUCUUUUGGAGCUUGAGGGAGCCUUGGCAUCAAGGCAGAGAAUGGUCGAGCAGCUGACUGCCUCGGCAACCCAUGCGGCGGAAGUGAACAUCGACUUGCAAGAGAAGACAGCGCAAGUUCAGGCGUUGGAAAAGGUGCUGGGAGACGCGCGUGUGAAAAUCAGCAGCCUGAAGGCGACCAUCGCCGACCAAAAGCGCCAGUUGGAUGCCGCCAACUUGGAGCUCCAGCUGCGCGGCCAGGACGACAUGCGCGUGGAGCAGCUGCGCAAGCAGCUUACAGCAGCUUUCGAGGAGGAGUUGCGGCUAGCUGACCAACGUAGCCACAUGCACGAGGAGCUGAAUCGUGGGCUUUCCUCGGAGUUGCAGAAGCUGAAAGAGCUGCUGGCACGCAGGGACCAUGAGGUUCGGGCGCUGGAGGACCGGCAGGCGCAGGCGAAGCAGCAGAUCCUCAGGCUGCAGCGAGAGGUAUCCAAGCUAGGUGGACCGUCUACAGGUGCUGGCGGCGGCACAACCUCGCAGGAGGAGGCGGAGUACGACGACGUUUGGGCAGAGGAGGACAGGGGGUUCCCCGCUUCCCGCUCGGCUCUCCCGCCUCGGCGCCGGACGGUCGGCGGCAACCCGGAUGCGCCUGCGAGGAGGCUGACCGCGGAGGACUCUGACCUGCAGCAGGCCUAUGCAGAGCUGGACGAGUUGCGACGGCGGCGGCAUGCCAUGGCUGCGGGUGGCCUUGCUCAUGACUACUCGGGUACGGCACAGCAGCCGCAGGCGUCAGGAGGCGGGGUUGUGCCCCAGCGGCCAGCGUCGCCCCCCAGCCAGCGGCUGCAGCAGCAGCCCCUGCUGGAGCAGCUGGCUCAGCAGGAGCAGCGGCAUGAGCAGGCCGUCUCGACACUCCGGAAGCAGGUGGAGCUGCUGCAGCAGCAGCUUGCGGCGGUGGCGACAAAGCUGCAAGUGCGGGAUGCGCAGGCGAAGAAGUACAAGGAGGCAGUCAGGCUGCUGAAGGCUCAGCUCUCAACCUCCGAGAGCGCUCUCUCCGAGCGCCAGGCAAAGAUAGUUGAGCUGCACGAGGAGCUCUCGGCGCUCAAUCGCCUGCUAAAGGAGGCGCCUCCGCCGGCUCCCCAGCCGCCGCAGCCCGCCGCCGCCACGACGGCGGCAGCGGCGGCCAUAGCGGAAGCCGAGGCGUCAGCUGAGGAGGCGGCCGCCCUUGCAGCGCAGCUGGCAGCGCUGCGGCAGCAGCUUAACGAGAAGGAUGCGGCGCUGGCGGCGCUCCGUCGGGAUGUGGCGGAUCGUGAGGCGCUACGGGUGGAGGCGGUUGAGCGCGCCAUGGAUGCGGUACGGCGUGCGGGCGCUGCGGAUGAGGCGACGGCGCGGGUGACGGCGCAACUGCGGGAGGCGUUGGAUAAGGUUGCAGCGCUGGAGGUGCAGCAGCAGGCGGCUGCCGCAGCGACUGCAGCGGCGGCGGCGGCAGCAGCGGCGCAGCAAGCAGCAGUGCGGGUUGCUGAAGCGGAGCCUGUGGUCAGGAAGCCUGGAGACCUGGAGGCGCAGGCUCGGGAUGCCGAGGACCGGCUUGCAGAGGCCCUGCGCAGCGCGGAACUGGCCAAAGCGCGGCAGCUGGAUGCGCAGAAGCGAGCUGACGAAGCUUCAAGGCAGCUGGCAAGUCUGGAAUCCCGGCUGGAGGAGGCCGAGCGUAAACUCGCUGAGUACCGGCGUGCAGUCGAGCGCGCGGAGCAACGGGCGGAACGGGCGGAGCGCAGCACUCGGGACGUGGAGACGCAGCUGGUGGACGCCGUCAGGCGUGCCAGCCAGGCGGAGUCCUACAGUGACACCCUGGAGCGGCGGUUACGUGACAUGGAGAGCCGUGUGGUGGAGGUGGAGCGGCAUGCUAAGGAUGCGGAGGCUCGUGGAAUAGAGGCCGAGUCACGGAUGAAGGCGGCGGAGGGUCGCGCGGUGGACGCCGAGAAGCGCUGCAUUGACUGCGAGUCGCGGCUGACAGUGAGUGAGCGGCGCGUCCGGGAGGCGGAGAACCAGCUGACAGAGCUGACUCGGCGCUGGCGGGACACGGAGCGGCAGAAGCAGGAGGCGGAGGUGCAGGCGCGGGCGGCGGAGGCGAGCGCAAAGCAGGCCAAGAGUGACAAGGACAACGAGGUGCUAGCCGUCACUCGGGCAAUGGAGGCCCGGCGGGGUCAAGAGCAGCGACAAGUCCAGGAGCUGCAGUUGUCUAUAGAGCUCAUAACCCGCGCGCGGGAUAACGCCGAGUCGCGGGUGCUGGAGCUGGAGUCGUCGCUGCGUGCCUCCGAGCGCAUGGUGGCCUCCCUGCAGGCGGGAGCCAGCGCGGACUCGAUCAGGGCGGUGUACGAGGAGCGGUUACGCGCACUGGAGGAGGGCAUCAGCAGUCGCGAUCGCACCCUGGCGCAGCUGCGGGACAGCCUGCUGCAAGCCGACGUGGAGUACAAGAAGAGCCUGCAAGCCCUGGUCGUCGAGGUCCAGACCAAGACGGCGGCGCUGCUGGAGGCUGAGCGGCGGUUUGCUGAGCUGGAGGCGGUGAUGCAGCGCAUGGUUGCUCGGUCGGGUGCCACAUGAUAUGCUGCUUCAGCACCGUACGUUUCCUCUCAACGGAUGCAUCUGAGUGCUAAUGGAUCAACUUUAUACGAGCAACAACUGCGAAUGCCAGGGUGUCAAGCAAUCUUCGUGCCAACCAACCUUACCAGCUUGCGCCCCAUAACGACCUUACCCCAACCCAACCUUCGCUACGUUCCAUGCCGCGCCAUUCCUAGUUCGGUUGCAUCCAUUCCUACGACGCUUUCUCAUGAGAACCCAAGCCACAACUCCCAGCCAAAUGGUUGUUUAACCCAACCAGUCAUGUCAUCUCCCAACCACGUCGACACCAACUAACCGAGCCACCACAAUUAUCAUCGCCGCCAGCAUUGCCGUUGCCAUUAGCUGCCGCCACCGUGGGUCCAACAAGCGCCGACCCAUGGGUCGCAUUCUGCGCUGCUGCGCUGUCAAGCCGAGCCGUGGGGUACAGCAUUGCAAAGUCCAUGCGCCUGGGCACCUCCACCACCAGACACGUCACGAAGCCCGACAGCCAGAUCAGCAGCGUCUGCGCCAGCGCGUGCGGCAGGUACAACUGGUAGGCUGCGAGUGCGUAGAGGAGCACACAGUGCAGAGUGUGCUGCGGCAGGCGGCGCCGUGUGCGCACCUGAGGGUGCAACGUUUUGCGGAGGUUUUGAGUAAAUUCGUCAUAACCAUGCCAGCUGGGGGUUCACAACAAGGAGGUCCACUCUUCUCUUCUACAGCCCCCCAGGAUGUAACCCGACGUUCCCGGCCCACACACACGCCCCCCCUGCUUCCACGCGCACCUGGUCAAACGCGUUGCGCUGAAUGCCGUCCAUCAGCACCUCCAGCCCCACACCUCGCAGCCGCUGCACCAUGCUGCCCGGCGGCGUCAGGAUGCCCAGCGCCAUGGGCAGCGUCAGCGCCGCCAUCUCCACAUAGCCACACAGCAGCACCCACGCCUCGCGCCUCGACACCGCCCACUGCGGGUCGGGCCGCGGCUGCGAGGGACCCACGCCGCGGCUGAUACGGUGCACGCCGCCGGGCAGCUGCGGCGCCAAGCGGAGGAGUGCGCCGACGCUGGUGCAGGCCGCUAGCAGCAGCAUGGCGGCCUUGGGUGCAAAGGCGAGGAUGCGGAGCAGCAGGUGAGGCCCGACCAGCUGCGGGGCGGAGGGGCAAGAACGGGCGAGCAGAGGAAGGCGGGUGAGAAGGCAGCACCCCAGGGGG